AUGCUACUUUUUUAUUCAUUGUUAGGUGUCCAGUCCGCAGAACAACUUACCCAGUCAGAGCCAGCGGUGAUAAAGCCGGGGAACUCUCACACACUGACCUGUAAAGCGUCUGGAUUCACUUUCAGCAACUACUGGUAUUAUAUGCACUGGAUCAGACAGUUCUCUGAUGGAAAGUUACAAUGGUUGUGUUAUAUUAGUAGCGGUGGGAGCACGGGCUAUAAUGAUGCUGUUAAAGGGAGAUUCACAACCACCAGAGAUAAUAACAAUAACAAGCUGACUCUGAAAACAGACAACAUGAAAAUAGAAGACACUGCCAUGUAUUACUGUGCAAGAGAGACACACUGA